GGACACAAGUUUGACAGAGACAUUGAACUGCUGAUUUAUUACAAAGAUGCCCACCAGCCCACUGCUGUGGUGGAGGCAGGACAGGCUUCUGCCAAACCUGGUUCUCUGAUGGGGGAUCCAGUGGUGAUGGUGAGCUUGUACCCUGAGUUCCCCCAAUCUGUGAUGUCCUCACUCACCUCCUGUGGAGAGUUUGUGUUUCUGAUGGAUCGAUCAGGAAGUAUGGCAUUACCCCUGGACUGCAGCAAUGAGGAAAAACGCUGCAUCAACAGUGCACGGGACACUCUGAUGCUCCUGUUGAAGAGCUUACCAAUGGGCUGUUACUUCAACAUCUACAGUUUUGGUUCCAGCUUUGAACAUAUCUUUCCUACGAGCAUGGAGUACAGUGAGAAGACCAUGAACAAGGCUCUAAAAGAGGUUGAAAAGAUGGAUGCAAACCUUGGUGGAACAGACAUUCUUCAGCCUCUCCAACACAUUUAUAGCCAGCCCUGCAUUCCUGAACAGCCUCGACAGCUGUUUGUCUUCACUGAUGGAAAGGUGGGAAACACUAAAGAAGUUAUUGACCUUGUUAAGAAGAAUUCAGGCUCCCAUAGAUGUUUCUCCUUUGGGAUCGGAGAUGAAGCCAGCUCUGCUCUCAUCAAUGGGAUGGCCAAAGAGGGAGGAGGUCACGCUCAGUUCAUCAUAAGGACUAACAGGAUGCGACCAAAGGUUAUGCAGUCACUCAGGUUUGCUCUGCAUCCCAAUGUGGGGGACAUUUCUGUCUCUUGGGAUUUACCAAAGGGAGUGUCUGCCACCAUUCUCUCUCCACCACCAGCAAUCUUUCAGGGUCAGAGGUCCCUGAUUUAUGCUCAACUCACAGGACAGAGUUCAGAUGCAACAGAGGGCAGCGUGACAGUGAAGUACACCCUGGCAGGUCAUCCCCACCAGAACCAGUUGCACUUCGAUUUAAAACCUGCAGAAGACUCUGGAUUAACAGUCCACAGGUUAGCCUCUCGCACUGCCAUUCGCUCCUUGGAGUCGGAGCAGAGAACACAAAGUGGACAGCAGGAUGAAGAAGUGAAGAAGAAGGUGGUGGAGCUCAGUGUCCAAUCAGGAGUGAGCAGUUCUUUUACUGCGUUCAUUGCUGUCAACAAAGCCAGGCAGUUCAAGUCAGCUCAACGACCAGUGGUGCUCAGAUAUAUUCCAAAAGAUAACCUUAAAUCCUUACCGGGGGAUUUUCUUGAUAAAAAACAACCAUGCUCUGUGCCCUCCCCACCAACUGUGCCCUCCCCACCAAGGACAGACAUUCAGCCCCCGCGGCCUGGUAAAAACCUUCUGCUGCAGCUGGUUUCCCUACAGAAGGCAUCCGGCUUCUGGGAGCUUGAUGCAGAUCUGUACGCUGUGCUUGGAAAGACCAAAAAGGAGGUGAAGAAGUCAAAGCCAAAAUCGGUCAACAAUGAGGUGUGGGCCUCCAUUCUGGCUCUGAUAUGGCUUCAUGGGUUCAAGAUGGAUGCCAAAGAGGAGUGGGAGCUUCUCACAAUGAAGACUGCUUCAUGGAUCAAGGCUCAGAAGGCUCCACGUGUAUCAGAGUGUGUUGAAGCCGGAAAUACAUUGUUGGGUUGCAACGUAAAGAAAGAAGUCCUUGGGUUCUAAGGUUUUCCAAGGAUCAAUGAAAAGAGGCCAUGGACAUGGAGCUAAGCAUAAGACAUUUGAAAUGCUAAAAACUUUUCAUCCAUUAUACAAAGGUGCACCACCAAAUGUAUGUGAACUGAUUAUUUGAUACAAGCAUACAACGUCUUUUAACAUCUGAUUAAUUUUCAUUGCUCAUAAAAUACCUUUGAAUGAUUUUUUUCUAAUCUUCAAUGUAUAUUUUUUUCAUUCCAUUUCUUUCACAUUUUCUCCCCGCCACAGUCUUUAAUGAGUUGACUGAAGAUAAUUUUAAGCCUAAAUCUGUUAGGGUACACAUCGUUUUGGCUUUAAUUGAUACUAACCUUCUUUUGUGAAUAUUCCGUGUUUAUUUUUUAAUCAUUCUCUUAAAGCAUGUUAAAGCAAUAUCUGACUUCCAUUUGAUAAUUUUCACACAUUUUUAUUUAUCAUUUCUUUUAUAAGAUUCAGGUUGUUUAUGUUGUGUUUUUCUUUCCAUGAAAAAACUGUACCAUCGAUUUUGUCCACAUAUGUAUUACUGAAAAGCAAAUAAUGCAAUAAUAUAAUAUACAUAAUAAUACAAUAAAAAUGUGCACAUAAUACAAUUAAAGAGGUAUGCAAUAAAAA